AUGGCGCCUACAAAGAUGUCCUUGCGGACCGAUGAGGAGCGUGGCAAGAAGGACGAUGAUCACCGAGUUUCCGAUCAAACGCGCUUUCGCCCCCUUCGACGCUCAAGUAUACCUCGUCUCCGGCGGGUAAUAGUAGUGCUCAUUGCUCUUUUCCUUGUGUACGAGUUUUUCAAGCACAUGCCCACGGGCUUGACUCCCGCCGCAGAACGAUACAAUCCCAAGAUCGCGGCGCUUAAACACCAAAAUCCUAGGCCGCCUCCAGGAUCGGUGCAGUCUCCUACAGCGCCAAAGGUUCAGGUUCCACCAAAGGCAGAGAUAAACCAUAAGGAAUCCGAUGAGCAGCCCCUAUACGAUGGGAAGAUCCAUUUCUACGAGUUGGCCCAGUCGCUCCCUCGCAAACAACGCCCGGCAACACUGGCUAGCGAGGCGGUGAUGUUUGCUGCAGCAAGCCUUCAUAGUGUUUCAGAUAUGCUGCCCUUGGCCUGUGGAAUGGCUGUGAAGCGGCUCAAUCAUGUGCAUUUUGUCUUGAUGGGGAAAGAGGACGUGUCCAUUGAGGGCAUUAAACAAGUGAACGGGAUCCGCGACCCCGAAUGCCCAAUAACUUGGCAUGAUAGCCGACCGGACCGCGCAUCCGAAUCUACUCCUGCCCGCCUGGAGCAGUCGGUUGCAGGUGGUUUUGAGGUCCUUCAGGCGUUCAUCGGCCCAGAGGUCAUAAUCACGCAGGGUCUGAACUGGGAAGAACCCUUCUUCUGGAAUGGGGUUGAAGGACAUAAAAGGGCGUCGGGUACUCCUCAUAUUGUGCUUCCUGCUCCCUCGAUCAAUCUUAUGUGGAUGGCGCACAUUGAUAGCACCGCCCUUCAAGUCUGGAACGAUGUCCGCGUCGACAUGGUGGUCCAUGCAUCCGAAUACUCAAGCUCCCUCAUUCGACUAAUUCGAUCAUUGGAUGGCGCCGAUUAUCUGGGUACGAAGCCCAGCUUGACUAUCGAGCUACCUCCCUGGGUCGACGCAAAUUUACUGGGUAGCUUGCAAAGUUUGAAUGGCUUGUCUCAACUGAAAGGGCGCAUCACCUUGCGGCGACGCAUUCAGCCCCAUUACAUGGGCCCGGUCGAGUCUUCUCUUCGCACCGUGGAAAGCUUCUACCCGUUAAACCCGAAACUGUCGCACUUACUCAUGUUGUCUCCCCAGACGGAGCUGGCGCCGUCAUUCUACCACUACCUCAAGUACAGUAUUCUAUUUUACAAGCAGUCUGCUCGUGCGCAGCAGGAGGGAUCCGAGCUCUUGGGAAUUUCUCUAGACCUGCCAUCUGCGAAGCCUACCUCCCAGAGUGAGGCUUUCGCUCCACCAGUACCGCAGUCUUCGGAUCAGACUCAAAACACCAAGCAAAAACACAUUCCGUCUUUCCUCUGGCAAGCGCCAAACAGCAAUGCGGCACUAUACUUUGGAGACAAAUGGGCCGAAUUCCACACGUUCGUUUCCAGUCGUUUGGCCGUCUCGGAGGCAGUGAUCAAUAUUCCCUCCCAGGACAAGCUCAUUUCUACUAAAUAUCCAGCUUUUAUGGAAUAUUUACUUGAGAUGAUGAGAGCCAAAGGAUACUAUAUGAUCUAUCCAUCGUUUCCAGGGCGGACGGCCUCACCUUUGGCCACCGUACAUACAGAUCUCUAUCAUCCUCCAGAGGAAUUCGCUCAUGAGCCAGGCCUCAAACAGUCCGACAGUAUUGAGGAGCUGUUGGCAGAGAAGCCAGUUGCCCGUGCGCAUACCAUCAUGCCUCUACUUGACACAUUUGAGCUGGGGCAUUCGUUCCUUGGGCGGAUUCCAUUGGUAUCUUAUGAUGCAGAGCGGUUGACAGAGGAAAUGCUUCAGCAGCGGACCGUGGAAUAUGCUAAGAACUUCCGGGUUCGAUACGGAGGUUGCUCACAAGAUGACUUGGUUGAGGAUCCCUCUGCGUAUCUAUUCUGUCGAAAAGAAUGA